UAACUCUCUCUUCUUCUUUUUUAUCCCGGGAACCUCAAAACUAUCCUAGCUUUCCAGCUAUAUCCUUCUCUUCUCCCUUCUCUAACAGGAAGGGUAGAGCAGAGGCCAGGCAUCACCAAAGAAAUUUUUUUUUUUUUUCUAAAAAAAAAAAAGAAAAAUCUCUCUCUUACAAACUUUCCAAUAUCAUUUCCUUUACCCAAUAUACACACACACACACACGCACAAACCUGAAAUGGAGGUUAAGCCUUGGCUGAUAAUCCUCCUCCUUGCAUUCGUCGUAGUGGUUGAAUCAUCUCCUUAUUUCCACGACGUUAGCAGCUGGGGUCUGACCAAGUAUGGCUCAUGCGAUGGUGCAGUUGGUGACUGCAUUGGAGAGGAGAAUGAGAUGUUGAUGGAUUCUCAUCAUAGCCGAAUACUUAGAGGCCGCAAGAAGUACAUUAGCUAUGGAGCUCUCAGGGCAAACUCCGUCCCAUGUGGCCGCCGCGGUCACUCCUACUACAACUGUCAAAGGAGGCAAAAGGCUAAUCCUUACAGGCGCGGUUGCAACAUCAUCACACACUGUGCUAGGAUCACUGGCUAAUUGAACAACAACAUUGGUUCAUCUAAGUGCAUGCAUGGAAGUGAAAAAAAAGCACAAUUGAUAAAAAGAUACGUUAUGCUGUUUGGUUAUAAUUAUUAGUAUUUGUUAUUUGAUCAAUCUGGGAUAUUCUUGAAUAUUCUUGCAAGAUUUCCUCCGUUGUACCCUUAAACUUUGGUUUGGUGAAUUAUUUUUUUUUGUUUCUUGGUUUUUAUUUGUUUUAAUUUGUCUGUGUUAUGUGUCAUUGUGAGGUGGGUGCAAAAGGGCCUGUUUCCUUUGCUUCUGUAAUCUCCCUCUUCUUCUUAUGUGUAUCUGAUGGAGGAAAUAAAAGGCUUAGAUUGUUUGGCGUGAUUUG